GCAAUUGGUAGCACCUCAGGGCUGUCGGCUCUGAAUUUUUCGGUGUCUAGGAAAAAGCAUUUUUCCGAGUUCAAAAUCGGCCACCAAGCUGGAGGUCACAAGUUUCGAUGCAGCCGCCGGCGUCUCCCCUGGCGGAGGCUUGCCGCUCGAACAUCUCCAGCACCACCACCUGAUGCCCCUGCAGGCUCUGCACCACCAGCACCAUCCCCUCGACAGCAGUGCCUCUCUGCAGACCCUAACGCCCAUGUCCACGCACUUGCCUUCCGUCGCCGAUAUCUACGUCCAGGCCCACGAGGGACACUACAGUUACGCCAAUUAUUCCGAGCAGAGAGGCGACGACUCGUGGUCGGGGGUUACUUCAAGCGCUUCAGAAUCGUUGCCACCAUUCAACGCCGCCGCCGCACCCUCACCUUCAGCCCCCUCGCACCAUGCCUCUGCCUACUAUGCGCAGGAGGAUUCGGGCCCUCAAAAUGGAGCUGAGUCCAUGACAGAGCUAAGUGUGGUCGGGUCUGACCAGCAACAAGAAGCGGCGGCCUCCUCGCAGCAGGAUCAGCCCCCAAGCUACCCUGAGGCCCACCCGGUGGACCUGUCUAGUCCGAGGCAGUUAGAUUCACUUGACUCGUACAGCCGAGACCGCCGUAGCGCCGACCAGUACAAACACAACGGAUCGCUCGACACUGCUGAAUGGCAGUCUCCAGAGGUGAAACCCUACGGAUAUCCUCGAUGGGCUGUACCUUGGCCUCCACACUCUCCCCACAACCACCGCAGCUCUUAUUGGACUGACUCGGUUGAAAAUCCGACAGACUCUGGCUCAUCGAUGAUACUUGGGUCUUUGACCCCGCCGGACAAGAUGAAUGGAGAGCACCCACACGCGGCGGGGGUCGCCAGUGCCUCAGGCAUCUCGCACCACUUCAACCUGUCAUCUAUAGCUGGUCACGGCAUGCAGACGCCGCCGUCACCCAUCCCAACCCCCUCUCCGCCUGUUCCCAUUGAGAGAUUCAGUUCCUUGUUCUGCAGACCAAAGGACCAGCGGCUAACCCGCGAUGCCAUGAAAAGGUACCUGCGCGAGCGGAGUGACAUGAUCAUUGUCAUUCUCCAUGCCAAGGUUGCGCAGAAGUCAUAUGGCAAUGAGAAAAGGUUCUUCUGCCCACCCCCCUGCAUCUACCUCUUUGGUGAAGGAUGGCGGAUAAAACAGGAGCAAAUGUUAAAGUCUGGCGAGUCCGAGCAGAGUUCGCAGUUGUGCGCUUUCAUCGGAAUUGGCAACUCAGACCAGGACAUGCAGCAGCUAGACCUGAAUGGAAAGCAGUACUGUGCGGCAAAGACGCUCUUCAUCUCCGACUCCGACAAGCGCAAGCACUUCAUGCUUUCGGUCAAGAUGUUUUAUGGCAAUGGUCACGACAUUGGCGUUUUUCAUAGCAAACGCAUUAAGGUUAUCUCAAAGCCGUCAAAGAAGAAGCAGUCUCUCAAAAAUGCAGAUCGAAAUUUAUCCACAGUGUGUAUAGCCAGCGGAACCAAAGUUGCUCUGUUCAAUCGACUGAGAUCUCAGACUGUCAGCACUAGGUAUCUACACGUCGAAAACGGAAACUUCCACGCCAGCUCAACCCAAUGGGGCGCCUUCACGAUACACUUGUUGGAUGACAAUGAGUCAGAGUCGGAAGAAUUCACAGUUAGAGAUGGCUACAUCCAUUACGGCUCAACUGUGAAGUUGGUGUGCAGCGUCACAGGCAUGGCACUGCCUCGCCUCAUCAUUCGUAAAGUGGACAAGCAGAUGGCCCUUCUGGACGCUGACGACCCUGUCUCGCAACUGCACAAAUGUGCCUUCUACAUGAAAGACACCGAACGAAUGUACCUGUGUUUGUCUCAAGAAAGAAUAAUCCAAUUCCAGGCAACACCAUGCCCUAAGGAGCCAAAUAAAGAAAUGAUAAAUGAUGGUGCUUCAUGGACAAUAAUCAGCACGGACAAAGCUGAAUACCAGUUCUAUGAAGGGAUGGGUCCUGUUAGGGCGCCCGUCACACCAGUCCCUCUUGUAUCAACACUUCAUUUGAACGGAGGUGGAGAUGUGGCUAUGCUUGAGCUGACUGGCGAAAACUUCACACCCAGUCUGAAGGUGUGGUUCGGUGAUGUGGAGGCUGAGACUAUGUACAGGUGUCAGGAGAGCAUGUUGUGUGUAGUACCUGAGAUUUCCGCCUUCCGUGGUGAAUGGCUCUGGGUUCGACAGCCAACUCAGGUUCCAGUAACCUUAGUUAGAAAUGAUGGGAUCAUUUAUGCAACUGGUCUGACAUUCACAUACACACCAGAGCCUGGCCCUCGGCCACACUGCACAGCCGCUGAAGAUAUUUUGCGCACCAAUACUCAUCUAGGGCGUCCGCCCCCGCUCAGCCUGUCGGCCUUCGACUCUCAAGCUACCAUCCAAGGAGGAUUGUGAACAGAACAGACCAGUCAGUGGUUAUAUAAAUUUGUACUUAAAAAGUGCUGGAACGAUGAAAUCUCUAAAAUAUCACACUGCUACUUUAGUGAAUUUCCAAUGGUGUAAUACAUUCAUAUAGGGUAUGUUUGAUACACACAUGUGCACGCGCACGCAAUGUUCUUUUUUUAAUUAUUUUUUAUCAAGAAGGAAAAACUGUAUAGUGUUCUGUGAUUUUCUGAUACUGCAAUAUUUUUUCUUCCUCUAUUGUUGCUUCAUUGGCCAAAAAUUUAUUAAAGGAAAAAUAAGUUUUUGUAUGUUAAAUUAUUUAUGUACGAGUUUGAAAAAAAUAUGCAACUACUUGUGAAUGAGUGAAACAAUAUUCUGAGAAAAAUGAAAUGCAUUCUAUUUUCCUUGAUUUUUGUACCGAGCACCUUACCUUGAUAAAAAAAAAAAAUAUUAAAUUGCUGUUGUUAAGUGAAAUAGGUUCAUCAGGGGAAUAAGGAAUAAGAGAGGUCACACACUUACUUCAUUUAAUUUUAGAGAAUUAUAUAAAGAUUUUAUUAUUGCUAGCCUUUACAAGAAGAAAUUAAAAUGUUUUAUUUUGGUUUGAAUUAUUAGAUCGCCAGUUAUCAGAGGUGGGGAAAUUUUAUCACGAGAGUAAUAUGUUUAAACAAUAAAGUGAGAGAUGCAAGAAGGAGCUUCCUCUAAUUUCAUGUCUAACCCAGAACUAUUGACAAAAUACAAUAAUUAAAGACCUACAAUAAAUUUCUUGUAUUAUUUUAAUUUUACAAUAAUAUAAUACCCAAUGACUAAAUCAACAACCCUUGUACUACCCCUGCAUAUGUAUGAUUAUUUAACAAUAUACGGUAUUAUCGUGCAAGCUGUGUGAUGAGUGCAGCACACAUUUCGAAAAACUCCAUUGUGUGGUGGCCAGUAGCCUGUUGUUGUGGCGACAGCAGGUCUGCAUUUGAAAAAGAUUAGAUCCAGCAUCUGUUUGUUCCAUAUGGAUAUUUUCCAUUGAAUGCUCAAAUAUUACAUACCAGUGGAAGCGUUCAAAUCUUGCUCCUCUCCGCUGAGACUCUUAAAGUCCAGCAGGUAGCUCUUAGGGUCAACCUGAUAAAGCUGCAAGGACAUUAACACAUAGUCAUCCAUGGUCCUGUUCUUCUGGCGGACUCUGACGUAGUACGGAUUUAUCACUUUCCACUC